GAAAAUGAACCUGAGAAGCAUAAAAUUAUUCAAAGUGCACUUAGUUUUUAUGACCGCCUCCAAAGCGAUGCCCGAUUAAAAUUAGCAGAUCUGUGCAUGUGCACUCUAUAAUAUUAUGGUACCACAUAUUGCGUUCCUCCGCUCUUCUCUGCAAUACCUGGACUAAUGUGUUGCAUCAUAUUAUUUCCGAAUCAGAGGAAAUUGAAUACCAUUCAUAUCAUUUCUAAUUGUGAUUAGUAGAUUUUGUUGACAUUCCUUAUCAAGUGGCUAAUUUUCUGUUGUGUAUCCUAAGUAUGACUCACAAACUUCCUUUUUUUAGCCACUUCCAUAUGCAUGAGAAAUACCCCUCACACAAGCAUAUUAACUUCCAGGAAGUAUUACACACCACUCACGAAAUAUGAUACUGCAUUUUAUUUGCUUUGUUGAUGGGCAGCCUUGUAUGAGUCAAUGUAAACUGUGUAAUACAGCGGGGAAGAAUUGUUACAAUGGAAUCUGAUACUAACUGUCUGGUUCCUAUGGUCAGUGAUGUAAUGUGAAAAGAAAACGUUGUUCAUGAUGUAUGUACAGCAUAAUUAUUCUGUUGUAAUAAUGUAAAUUCCUUGAGCACAAGACAAUAUAAAAGAGGAUUAGUCAGACAGAAUACCAUCAAACAAGUCAAAUUGGAAAAACUAAGUGCUCACAAGAAAAUAAACGAUCACAUAUCUUCUGAUAACAAUGAGUUUCAAGCAUCUUAUGCUCUCCGUAUUGGUGGCCGUAGCCAUGGCCAAAAUUGCCACAUGUUGUACACCUCCGUCCACUGAGAUCGAGCGAGCUUAUCAGAAUGUCUUUAGCGGUCUUUACGGAGUGGAGCAUGUCAUUAGAUUGGGCACUGAUUCUACAACUAUUCAACAAGCAACAAAGCCUUUGCUCAAAGAGUUGCACUCCAUCACAGAGAUGUAUGCAGCCCAGAAUGCUCUGAGUGAAAGUGAAACAUCUAUAGAUCUAGCAGAGUUCCUUGACAUCAUUGUGCAAAAUGCCUGCACACUGAUUAAAGUGAAAGCUGGAGAUCAUAUUCCUUGCUCAAGUUAUUCUGACAUAUUGGAUCUUAAACUGGCCCUUGACAUCUACAAUAUCCAAGAAGAAGCCAGAGAUGAGUUAGAAAAUUCUACAGAUCUGAGGCUACAGCAGUGCCAAGAGGAUUGGCUUAGUGCACUUCCAUGUGAACAUGGUAGCACUCCUUUUGAGAUAAUCUCUUCUUUACCGAAUUAUGACUAUACCUGUGUAGCUGCUUAAUUAUGUGGACGUUAUAGCAUCAUCCCGGUUAAAAUAACCUGUAAUUACAUACUUAUAUUUAUUGAUUUAUUGUAUGGCCCACAAGUCAUCGUUAUCAUGAAUUCAUUCUUCAAAAAGUAA